AUGGAGGUCACACGCUGUGGCAUUCAUGCCUUCCAUGAGACGUUGGGUAUCGACGUGGACGAGAUCCGGUUCUACUGGGUGCUACACUCCCAGCUCGAGCACGCUUCUCAGACUGCCUAUCGCAUUGUUGUUGCCCUGAACGCAGCGGCCCUGGAAGGUGAUUCUGUUUCUGAAGCUGUCUGGGACUCGGGCAAGGUCGAAAGCAACGCUCAGAGGAACGUCCUCUGCAAGCCAGACGGCGGCUUCAAAUCAGCGUCCUUCCACUUCUGGAAAGUCACCGUCUGGGACCAGGACAGUCAGGCUACAUCAAGCGGCGUCAAUGAAUUCUUCACGGCGUAUCCUAGGUCGAGCAGGCUGCUGCCGCCGUAUAGCAUGAACCAAACCUACAUGCCCCAUACCAGUCUCAUCUUCCGCACCUGGUUCGAAGACGAGCCAAACCGCUGGAAGGGCGUCUGGAUCGGCGACAGCAGCGACAAGCCCUUCUACCUCCGCAAGAACCUUCACCUAAAGCGAAAACCGUCGCGGGCAAUCGCCUUCGCCUCCGGCCUGGGCCACUUCAACCUCUCGUGCAACGGCAGCCCGGCCUCGACCCACGUCCUCGACCCGGGCUGGACAAACUACCACCGCACGGUGCAGUUCGUCGCCUACGACCUGAGCGGCGCGCUCGCCGAGGGCGACAACGUCGUCGGCGCGCACGUGGGCAACGGGUUCUACGCCGGCGACAAGGGCGGCGACGACCGCUUCUUCUGGCCCAUGUACGAGGACAACACGUACGUCCGCUACGGCAACGAGCUCUGCUUCUUUGCGGAGCUGCACCUGUUUUACGAGGACGGGAGCCGCGAGACGGUGAUUUCGGGGCCGGAUUGGAAGACGAGGAAGAGCGCGACUUCGCUGGCGAAUAUCUAUGCUUCAGAGGACAAGGACUUGCGUAGGUAUCCUGCUGGAUGGGACGCGCCGGGGUUCGAUGACGCGGAGUGGAUUGCCUCGACUCCGGUUACGGGUCCGAGGGGCAAGCUGAGGUACCAGAGCCAGCCGCCGGUGACGCUUCACGAGACGUUUGAGCCGGUUGCAAAGAAGACUCUGGAACCGGGCGUUGUGACGUUCGAUCUGGGACAGAACGCGUCCACAAUGGUCCAAGUCAAAGUCAGCGGGCCAGCUGGCGCUGAGGUGAUUGUCCGGUAUUCCGAGAGCGUCGACGACAGCGGCCGCGUCCUGAUGCCCGAUCCCCUUUUCAAAGACUUUGAGACAAAGGUGUUUUCCAAAAUCACAUUAUCCGGAACGGGCGAUGUCGAGAUCUGGGAGCCCGACUUCAGCUUCACCAGCGCGCGGUACAUCCAGAUCGAGGGCGCCUCGUUGCAACCCGGCCAAGGCCUCCCCGUCAUCCACGCCGUCGUCGGUCGUCACAUCUCCUCAGCGGCCCGCCGUCUCGGCGCCAUGAAGACGGAUAAGGCAGACGCGAACGCCCUCAUCAACAUGUGCUACUGGUCCUUUGUCAGCAACCUCUUUAGCUACCACACCGACUGCCCCCAGAUUGAGAAAUUCGGCUGGCUCGAGGUCACGCACCUGCUCGCCCCGGCAACGCAGUACGUCCGCGACAUUGAGGCGCUGCACUCCAAGAUCCUCGACGAUAUCGCCGACGCACAGGAGGCCGACGGCCUGGUGCCCACCAUGGCACCCGAGAUCAGGUACAUGUGCGGGCCCCUCCACGACACAAUCACCUGGGGCGGCGCCGUCGCCCUGAUCCCGGAGAUUCUCAAGCGCUACUACGGCUCGACGCACGUUUUUGGCAAGCUGUACCAGCCGUGUGUGCGUUAUAUGGAGUACCUGCGCACAAAGGAGCGCCGUGGCGGGCUGAUAGAGCACGGGUUGGGUGACUGGGGCCGGGACAUCGCCUUUGGGAACCACCAGGCCAACAUUGAGACGGCCAUCUACUACAAGUGUCUCCGCAACGUGGAGCUCAUGGCCAAGGAACUGGGCUACGCAGACGACGAGCAAAAAUGGCGCGCGUGGGCCGACCGCAUCUAUGCGGCGUACAACCGCCACCUCCUCGUCACCGACAAGACGGAGCACCCCUGCGCCUUUUACACAUCCCUCGACGACCCCGCAACCCACGACCGGACCAUGAUCGCGCAGGCCAUGGCCCUGCAAUUCGGCCUCGUUCCGAGCGAGCACGUCGCGGACGUCCAACAAGCCUUCCUCGACGACGUGGCAGACUGCAAGAUCCGCGCCGGCGAGAUCGGCCUCAAGUGGCUAUGGAACACCUUGGCCGACGUCGACAGGCCAGACAUUGUCAUGGCGAUGGCGCGGCAGGAGGAGCACCCGUCCUACAUGCGGUUCCUGCGGCGCGGGGAGACGACGCUCAACGAGUUUUGGCAGGACGCGUGCCGGAGCAAGUGCCACGACAUGCUGGGGACCAUUUACGAGUGGUUCUACGAGGCGGUGCUCGGCGUCCGGGUCGGGGAGGAGGAGGACGGGUACCGGACGUGGACGGUGAAGCCGCCGCUGCGGUCCGAGUUUGAUUUCGUGGAGGGGACGUUUGAGUGCCCGUAUGGCCUGAUUGAGGUUACUUUCCGGCGCGAGGGAGGGGAUGUGAGGAUGAGGGUGGUUGUGCCGACGAGUACCACGGCGACCUUGGUGAUGCCGAGGGAUGAGAGUGUCGUUGAGAUUUCGCGGGAGGGCAGCGAGGGGGCGAGGCGGGCGUCUGGGAAGAAGGUGGAGCUUCUGCCCGGUCGGUAUGACUUGAUUUUGCAUCCAUAG